AUGGGCAAAGUUCAAAGUAAAUCAAAUGGAGACGUGGUAUUUCAAAAUGAAUCACAAUUUCCUCUUCAAUUUUCAAGUGCUUUAGUCAAUCAUUUGGAUUCUAAAACAGAUUCUGAUACAGUUCGUGCAGCAUCAUUAGAAGAACAUAUUCAGGAAAGAGUUGCAGUAGAAAUAGAGCGUUUGCAUGCAAAAGAACGAGAUAUUUUAAUAGAAGUUGAGAAGGAGUUAGCAAGGAAAAAUGCACAAUACGAAAAAGCACAAGAAAAAUUAAAUAGUUUUGAAUUAAAAGAUGAAAUAUCAAGUUUGGAAAAAAGUAUAGAAGGAAUGUUUCAAAUAAAAAAAUUGGACGAUACAUUAUUGGAAAAGAAAAAAGAAGUUAUUCAAUGUCUGAAACAAAAUGAACAAAAACCGCUUAAUUGUGAUGAAGUUGCUAAGGCAUUCAGAGACGAAGUAUAUAAGUUACAAAACGCUUAUACUAGAAAGUAUUAA